UGUAAGCAUGGAGACAAAUGUACGAUGGGAAAGAUGACUUUCGUAAAAGAAACAAGAUUUGGAUUGACUUCAAGACUGCAUUUUUUUUGUGAUAAUUGUGAAGAAGCCACUGUAUUGAGCACUGAUCCAAAUAAUGGGGAAAAUGAAAUAACGAAAGCUGUUGUAUGGGGCAAUAUGUCAAUAGGAAUUGGUAAAUAUCAAUGUGAGGAAUUAUUCGCCAUUAUGGACAUUCCGUUCAUGACGCAAAAAACGUAUAGUCAGACUACUGCUGGAAUAAAAAAGAUUUGGGAAGAAAAACUUUUUGAGAAUAUGCAGAAAGCGGGAGAAGAGGAGAAGAAAUUAGCAUUGGAAAAAGGCAAUGUGAAUGCCGACGGAACGCCCUUCAUAACUGUAAUUGUAGAUGGAGGAUGGAGUAAAAGAAGUUACGGGCAUGGAUACAAUGCUCCUUCAGGAGUUGGAGUCAUAAUUGGUGCUGAAACAAAAAAACUUUUAUUUGUAGGAGUGAGAAAUAAAACUUGUUCCUCAUGCUUUUAUUAUAAAAAACAUAAUUUAGCCCCAAAGUCACAUGAUUGUGCACUCAAUUUCAGUGGUCCUUCAACAAGCAUGGAGCAAGAUAUAAUAACAGAUGGCUUUUGCAAGAGUAUCGAACAGCAUGGACUUCUAUAUAAAUAUUUGAUAGGUGAUGGAGAUUCAAGUGUAUAUUCAAGGGUUGUUGAAAAGGUCCCGUACGGUCGGCAAGUGAUAAAAAUUGAGUGUGCCAAUCAUAUGACUAGAUGUGUGAGCGAUAAGCUCCACAAAUUAGCUAAAAAUACAUCAUUUGAGAUUUUCAAUCGAAAAAUGUUAACAAAAAAAAUUAAAAACAUAACUAAUGUGGAAAGAUUGGUUAAAUCAGUGAGAAUUAUUGUGAAAAAUAAUAAAAAUGAUGUGGUGAUGUUACGCAGGGAUUUGGGAAACGCUCCUUAUCAUAUAUUUGGAAACCACGAGAACUGCAGGGACACAUAUUGCAAAAGGAAAAACGACGGGGAAGAAGAUUGUACUAAGAUAAUGAGUCCGCUCUUUUUUCAAGAGAUUUUGAAAAUCUUAGAGCCUAUGAAAAAUAAGGCGGAUAGAUUGGCAUACAAUGAAACCACAAACCAAGCAGAAAGGUAUAUGGCUCUUGUAGCAAAAUGUACGGGAGGAAAGAGAGUCAACUUUGGCCGAUCAAUUUCAUACACCUGCCGUGCCUAUAGUGCUGCACUUUCCCAUGCUGAUGGUCCUUCCUGGCAUCUGAAUGCAUGGAAGGGGAAUUGCAGCAAUCAUAUGAUACAAUUUUGUUUGAAGAGGAAGCGGCAUAAUGAGCAGAGGAGGGAGAGGAUUAUUCCGUCGAAAUCAAGAAAACUAUGUGUUGGUCCUGAUUCCAAUUACGGACCAAAUGCUUCGCAACCGGACAUGGCUGAAAUUGAAAUAGAGGAGAAGAAAAUAAUUUUCCUUCAGAACCUACGGGACAGAAUUUCAGGGGAUUCAUCCAUACAAGAAAUAGAGAUGAAAACAAGAGGACAACACGAUAAUGUAUUGUGGAGGGAAUAUCGACAGGAUUAUCUCACAUCAUCGAAUUUCGGAUAUUAUAGAAGUAAAAUAAUUACAUCUCAUCUUCUAUUAUGAUGAGUUCUGUAUGCGUUUGAAAGAGAAUGUUUGACUUCCUCAAGAUGAUGAGCUGCCUUAGCUAAUCUCGAUAGAGUACUGAUCUCAUAAGAUGAUUUUUUGGGAUAUUUUUGUUUUUUGCUAUUCGCUGAAACAUUUCGAUAGUAUUUUCCUCGUACAUCGAUUUGAUACUGUAUUAUUGUGUAAGGUGAUUGACCAUGAGGAUUUAACCACGAAAAACAGAUGUCAACAUUUUUAAAUUUAAUUAUUCUUGAACGAAUGAGUAACUAUUUCAGUUGAUCGAAUGGGGUAUUUAUCGAACUUUUUCUUAUAAGGUUUUUUCUAUCUUGUGCUUUUUUGCCCUUACGUCGUUAUAACCAAUUCAUCACGAAGUAGAGAAGUAAUAAAUUUGCUGAUUUCCUAUUGAGAAAUAUUGUGUUGAAUUUUGAAAGCUGGCUCGUUACUUUUUUAUUGGAAACAAGAUUUUGGUGAAAAGAAGAAGGACAACACCCUGCCAUAAUUUGGUGAAAUGCCUCCUCUACAAAAAACCAAUAAACACUCCGGGAGUUUUAUAUGGCAGAGUUAAUGAGAAUCGGGCUAUUGAAAUAUAUGAAGCCACAAAAAAUGUUGAAGUAACACGCUGUGGCUUCAUAAUAGAUCCCGAUUUCCCAUUCUUAGGUGCCUCGCCUGAUGGACUGAUCAAGCAUGAUGGUCUGAUAGAGGUCAAAUGCCUUCAAUCUGUAAAGGGUAAGCUUCGUGAAAACAAAAAAUCGAAAUGCUAUACUGUUCAUCAGAAUGGAUUAAGGUAAGAAACAUUUCAUGGAUUAUAAUGUUGCAUUAUAAUUAUGAUACGUCACAUUGAAAAUAAUUUUUACAGGUUGAAGAAGAAUCACAACUACUAUUUCCAGAUUCAGGGCCAAUUGAACAUAUGCAGAAGAGAAUAUUGUGAUUUUAUUCUAUACUGCGACAACGAUUUUCACGUAGAAACCAUUAAAAGAGAUGAGAAUAUCUGGA